AUGGUCAUCAACCCCACCUACCUCGCUCAGCGCACGCGCUCAUCGGUCAACUGGACUGAUGCGAAGAAGAGGGUCAUUCACAGCUACCGGGACUGGCUGCGGUCGAUACUGGACGUGUACGCGGAACAGCUGGAACGAGACGAGGGAACGCGUGAGAUGCGGAGCCAGGAACCCGGACUGACUAUGAUUAUGCAGGCUCCCGAGAUCCAGACCAUGUACUCGCUGAACAUGCCAGUAUCUACACUUCGGACGAAAAUGCGGCAGGAAUUUGAGCGGCAUCGAUACGUGAAUCAACUAAAGACGGUGGAUGUGCUGCUGUUCAACAGUCACCAGGAGUUCCAGGAGACACUCAACUUCUGGAAGCAGCUGUCCCACGUUCUCAAGUACUUUCGUGCUGAGGAAGACCCCAAGGCCCGGCUACCAAACAACUUCAUCCACGGCUUCUUGGAGGUACGUUCAUGUUUGAUUUGA